AUGGCCAGCGGUUACAGCGAGUCCUGCAGCGGCCGCGACAUGUCCAGUGGAUAUGGCGAAGGCUGCAGCAGCCUAGACAUGGCCAGCGUUUUCAACGAGAGCUGCAGCGGUAGAGAUUUGGCGAGUGCGUACAACGAGAGCUGUAGCGGUAGAGAUUUGGCGAGCGCGUACAGUGAGAGCUGCAGCGGGCGCGACAUGUCCAGUGGCUACAGUGAGAGCUGCAGUGGGCGCGACAUGGCGAGCAGCUACAACGAAGGCUGCGGCGGUCGAGACGGCGAGCUGGAGCCCGAGCUGGGCCUGGCCUCGGAGGGCAGCGACAGCAGCCACGAGCACGCCACCUCGCCCCGGUCCCCGCACGACGACAGGACACGCCCGCGGGCCACUCUGGACGAGGAUGUGGAGAUGGGCGGCAGCGGAUCCAGCGGCAGCGGCACCGAGUCCCACGGGAAUGAGUCUCACGGAAACGAUUCGCACGGAAACGAGUCGGUGGGAAGCUCCAACGGCAACGGCAAAGACUCUGCACUUCUGGAGUCAUCGGGAAGCAACAAGAGCUCAAACUCUCACAGUCCUUCUCCUCCGAGCAGCUCCAACGCCUUCAGUCUAGUGAGCUCCGAGCAGGACAACCCCUCCACCAGCGGCUGCAGCAGCGAACAGUCAGCCAAAGCAAAGACACAGAAAGAGCUCUUCAAAACCCUCAAGGAGCUCAAGAUGCACCUGCCAUCGGAGAAGAGGAGCAAGGGGAAGUCCAGCACCGUCAACACGCUCAAAUACGCCCUGCGCUGCGUCAAGCAGGUGAAAGCCAAUGAGGAGUAUUACCAAAUGCUGAUGAUCAACGACAGCCAACCACCUGGAUUCGACGUGUCUUCUUAUACCAUCGAAGAAAUCAACAGCAUCACAUCUGAAUACACGCUCAAGAACAAUGACAUCUUCGCCGUGGCGGUCUCGCUCAUCACCGGUAAAAUCGUGUACAUCUCGGACCAGGCGGCGUCCAUCUUGAACUGCAAGCGCGAGGUCUUCAACAACGCCAAAUUUGUGGAGUUCCUGACGCCACAAGAUGUCAGUGUGUUCUACAGCUUCACCACGCCGUACCGCCUCCCGUCCUGGAGCAUGUGCACCGGGGCAGAGUCCUCUCCCACCGAGUGCAUGCAGGAGAAGUCCUUCUUCUGCCGCAUCAGCGGUGGGAAGGAGCGCGAGGGAGAUCUUCAGUAUUAUCCGUUCAGAAUGACUCCGUACCUGAUGAAGGUGCAGGACGCAGAGCUGUCUGAGGAGCAGUUCUGCUGCCUCCUGCUGGCCGAGAGGGUGCACUCCGGAUACGAGGCGCCUCGUAUUCCGACAGACAAGAGGAUCUUCACCACCACACACACUCCCAACUGUGUGUUCCAGGACGUGGACGAGCGGGCUGUUCCGCUGUUGGGUUACCUGCCCCAGGACCUGAUCGGGACCCCAGUGCUUCUAAACCUGCAUCCAAGUGACCGGCCCCUGAUGCUGGCGGUGCAUCGGAAAAUCCUGCAGUGCGCUGGGCAGCCCUUCGACCACUCCUCCAUCCGCUUCUGUGCCAGAAACGGUGAAUACGUGACGCUGGACACGAGCUGGUCGAGCUUCGUCAACCCCUGGAGUCGCAAAGUGUCCUUCGUGAUCGGACGACACAAAGUUAGGAUGGGCCCUGUGAACGAAGAUGUCUUUGCGGCGCCUGCUUUCCACGGAGGAAAGAUUAUGGACUCAGACAUCCAAGAAAUAAGUGAACAAAUCCACAAGCUUCUGUUACAGCCGGUGCACAACAUGGGCUCCAGUGGUUACGGCAGCCACGGCAGCAACGGUUCCCACGAGCAGCUCGUGGGCAUCAGCAACGGGAACGCGGCGGUCGAGAACACGGCCGAGGACACGGGCAAAGCCAAACCCACUCGGACCUUCCAGGAGAUCUGCAAAGGAGUGCACAUGCUCAAGAACCAGGACUCACAAGUCAGCCUGCGCUGGCCGUGCCCCUCGCCCUCGCCGUCCGUGUCCAAACCCGAGCAUAAGAAGAUGUCUGACUCAGCCGCCCCUCAUAAGAGCACAGUGGUGCGUCUGAAGGACUCUGCCCACGCCCCGCUGGCCAGAGACGGUACUGCAGCCAGUGUGGAGGACUUCACUUACAAAGAUCAGACCGUGUGCUCCUAUCAGCAGAUCAGCUGCUUGGACAGUGUCAUCAGAUACCUGGAGAGCUGUAACGUUCCCAUCACUGUCAAGCGGAAGUAUCAGUUUUCCUGCAACACCACUUCAUCAAACUCUGAUGACGAUAAGAAAGGCUCAGGGGAGGGCAUCCAGGUGCCACAAGAUUCUGCCUCAGAUCCUUUGAUGCUGGACGCACAGCCCGGCCUGUCCAACAUGAAAGCCCCUAAAAAGUCACCCUCUGGGACAGCUGCUGUUGUUGGAGCUCCUCUGGCACCUCUCACUCUACCAAGCAAAGCGGAGAGUGUGGUGUCCAUCACCUCACAGUGCAGCUACAGCAGCACCAUAGUUCAUGUAGGAGACAAGAAGCCUCAGCCAGAGUCCGAGAUUAUUGAGGAUGUGGCUGAGAGCUCAGCUCCGCCCACACAGCCGGUCUGUGUGGUGUCUCCUCCCAGUCAGGAGAAGGAGGCCUACAAGAGGCUGGGUCUGACCAAACAAGUGCUGGCUGCUCACACUCAGAAGGAGGAGCAGGCCUUUCUAAACCGCUGUAGAGAGCUGCGAGACGCCCGCUCUGUGCAGAAGGACUACUCCACAUGUUUACACAAGCAGCGGGACGCCGCCAACGCUGAAGAAUCCUCUGGUUUGAGAGGAGCAGCUAAACAGGGAAGCACCAGACCAGAAACUGGUACAAAGAAGGGAAGUCGAAACAGGAAGUCUAAGAAGCCGCGUAUGAAGCACCCCGACUCCUCUGACAGCGCCGUGUCCAACCGCAGGCCCCGCCCCCCGCUGCAGGGACUCAACCAGACGUCAUGGUCGCCUUCAGAGGCCUCUCAGUCUGCGUUCAACGUGUCUUACCCCACCAUGGUGCCUGCUUACCCUCUGUAUCCGCCCUCCGCAGCUGCCCCGCCUCAGUCCAUGCGGCCCGACCCCUCCCUGUCCACGGGGUACGGAGAGGCCCAGAGCACGCAGGCCCCACCCACUGCCGCCUCUUAUCCCGCCCCCAUGGUAACGCCUGUGGUGGCGCUGGUGCUGCCGAACUACCUGUUCCCUCAGAUCAGUCAGAUCGGACAGUUAGGCACCGCGCCCAGACCCGCGUUUUACCCUGAGCAGGCGCCGCAGCCCGCCUACAGCACGCCGCAGCCGGCCUACACCACCCCGCAGCCACCCUACGCCACGCCGCAGCCCGCCUACAGCACGCCGCAGCCCUUCCAGCCCUCGGUUCCCGCUUACACCACGCAGCAGUUUCCGGUACAGACGUUUGCGUCUCAGCAGGCGUACCCAACGGCGCCCGCUCAGUUCACCACGCCGCAGCCGUUUCAGGGCCCGCAGACGGCCUACAGCACGCAGCAGCCCUUUGUGGCGCAGCCUUCGUUCCCGGUGCAGACUCAGUUCAUGACACAAGCCGCUUAUUCCACGCAGCCGUUCUCCUACAGCAUCACGCCAGACGCCUCGAAAGUGUCGGCGGUGGAGCCCAGAGAAGGCGCCGCGUCCCGCUCGUCCACUCCUGCGUCUGCAGCCCGAGAGCCCACCACCUCCCCCCCGCUGUUUGAGUCCAGAUGCAGCUCUCCGCUGCAGCUCAACCUGCUCAGUAUGGAGGAGGGUCAGCGCUCAGUGGAGCGGCAGGACAGCACAGCACCCCCUUUUGGAGCUCAGUGCAACAGCAUCCUGGGAGCAGCAGUGGAAGCACAGAAGAGCGCAGCAGCGACCAAAGCCGAGAGCCACCAACAGGUGGAGUCUCCGGGGGACGGCGUCCACAGUGAUGGGAACUCCUCGUCCUGUGACUUGUUGGACAUUCUGCUGCAGGAGCAGGAGGACUCUCACUCAGGGACAGGCUCAGCCACCUCCGGCUCCAUGGGCUCCGGGUCUGGAUCUGGGUCUGGGUCUGGCUGUAACGGCUGUGGGACGUCAGGCAGCGGCGUGUCCGGCAGCAGGACAGGGAGCAGUAACACCAGUAAGUACUUUGGCAGCGUGGACUCCCUGGAGCACGACCCCAAGGCCAAGGCCAAGUCUCGACCAGAGAUCGAGUCUCAGUCUCAGAGCAAAGUCUCUGCGGAUGACGACCGCUUCAUCAAGUAUGCGCUUCAGGAGCCGCUGUGGCUGCUCAUGGCCAACGCUGAUGAUAAGGUCAUGAUGACCUACCAGAUGCCCUCACGGGACAUCCAGAAGGUGCUGCGCGACGACAAAGAGCGGCUGCGGCUCAUGCAGAAGAGUCAGCCGCAUUUCAGCUCAGAGCAGCGCCGGGAGCUGCUGGAGGAGCAUCCCUGGAUGAGGAGGGGGGGUCUGCCUGCUGCUAUCAAUGUGAAGGAGUGUGUUUACUGCGAGGAGUCUCCUGCGACGUCGUUAGAAGAAGAGCUGCCGGGCAUGGACAUGGGCGAACUCAGAGAGGAGCUGGACCAAGACCCCAGGAACCCCCAGACCCAGGAAGAGUCCCACCCUCAGCCUGACUCUGGCUCCUGA